AUGGAAGCAGAGGAACGGCCAAGCAAACUACAGAAGACAGGGCACGCAGCAGGAGACUCUCCUGUAGACGUUCCGGUGUCAAGGGCUGUCCGAGACCCGUCAAAUGAUGGCAUUGGCGAUAAACCCGAAAUUGAUACCAAGGCUGACGGGUGCCCUCAAAUUGCCGUAAAUACAGGCGCAGCUGCGGAUCAGACGCAGCAGCCGGCGCUGUCUAAGAACCAGUUGAAAAAGCUCGCAAAGCAGCGCAGGUGGGAGGACCAAAGGGAAAGACGAAAAGAAUAUCGCAAGGAGAAGCUGCAGAAGAAAAGAGACCGCAGUAAAGCCCUAAAAGCCGAGCUUCAGGCCAAUGGCGUGGCCUUGACGCCUGGAGUGCAUGUUGAAGGGAUACUGCCCGAUAAGAAUAAGAUCAGGAGAGAAGCUCGCGCCCGGGCAGUUAAUGUCCCCCUUACCUUUAUAAUUGACUGCGAUUUUGAUGACCUCAUGCACGAUACUGAGCUCAAGUCACUAUCGUCCCAGAUAACACGGUCAUACUCGGAUAAUGCAAAGGCUCCCUACAGGGCCAGCCUAGUGAUAGCAUCUUUCCAUGGCCAGCUCAAAGAACGAUUUGAUACUGUGCUUUCCAAAAACCACGAGAACUGGGCCGGUGUUAAGAUAACCCAGGAUGACUUUACUGCAGCGGCAACAUCUGCCCAACAGCGUAUGCAUGAUAUACGCCAUCCAAAUUUAAAAGGAGCAUUUGCCGAGAAGUCCGAAUCAGAGGGUCUGAAGGAGGAAGGAGAAGUAGUGUAUCUUACCAGCGACAGCCCAGAGACGCUGACGGAACUCAAGCCGUACAGCACCUACAUUAUUGGGGGAAUUGUCGAUAAAAACAGACAUAAGGGAAUCUGCUAUCAGCGGGCCAUGGCUAAAGGGAUGAAAACCGCCAAACUGCCCAUCGGAGACUACAUGCAAAUGGCUAGUCGAUUCGUGCUAGCUACCAACCAUGUUAUGGAAAUAAUGUUAAAGUGGCUCGAACUGAAGGACUGGGGCAAAGCGUUCUCUCAAGUGAUGCCAAAGAGAAAAGGAGGGCGGCUAAAGAGUGAGGUGUCCACUCCUGCGAGUACCGAUGCCGGACAUGAUAGCCAUGCUGAAGGAGAAAAGGCCGAAGAAUCUGAAUCAGGAGAGGGUGAAGGUGACGCAAAGGAGGAUGAUGGGGAAGAAGCAGAAGGAGAUUUGAGGAGGGAGACAGAAGAACUGACAAGUCAUGAAAGAGAACACGGGGGAGCGAGUAGCAUAUGA